AUGGAUAUUAAGGUUAAGAAAAAUGAGUCUACAAACCUCAAUGAAUUAAGAAAGGGUCCAUGGACGUUAGAAGAGGACACCAUUCUUGUUAGUUACAUUACAUCCCACGGUGAAGGUCUCUGGAACACUGUUGCAUCUUCUGCAGGUCUGAAGAGAAGUGGAAAAAGUUGCAGAUUAAGGUGGCUAAAUUAUUUGCGUCCCGAUGUUCGCCGUGGAAAUAUCACACUCCAAGAACAGAUUCUUAUUCUUGAACUCCACUCUCGCUGGGGCAAUAGGUGGUCGAAAAUUGCACAGCAUCUUCCGGGAAGAACAGACAAUGAAAUAAAGAACUAUUGGAGAACGAGAGUGAUCAAGCAAGCGAAGCAGCUCAAGUGCGAUGUCAAUAGUAAACAGUUCAGAGAUGUCUUGCGUUGCGUGUGGAUGCCACGUUUGCUUGAACAGGUUCAAACCUCAUCCGGAUUUCACGACCCGAAUAGACCCGAGUCCGUUCUUCAUCAAAACACAUCGCACAGUUCAGUUUCAGGAACAGAAUGGCCAAACACAAACAACUCCUCGGAAUCUUCAUCACUGGAAUUCCAAGCUCCUUCGAUUUCAGACCAUGAAGUGUUGCCAUGUUUCAAUAACCAGGUUCCAGAACAAGGGAAUAGUAGUAGUGGUGGUGACGACUCGUUGGAGACUUUUUUGAACGAUGAGAGCAUGUGGUUUAUGCAACAACUUUCUGAAGAUUUUGAAAUAAAAUACAAUUUACUUGCGUGA